UUCGGGAAGUAAAUCCAUUAUAGUGACAGGAACAACAUCACGGGAUUCUCAUUUCACUGAGCAGAUUAAUAAAAUAUUACCUGUAACCGAUCUGUACACACCUGUAAUAUAAGACAACAUGUCUAGGCAGUCGAACAGAGCCACGGACAGCAAGAAAAUGAAUUCAGAAUUAUUCACUCUCACUUAUGGAGCCUUGGUCACUCAGUUGUGUAAGGACUAUGAAAAUGAUGAAGAAGUCAACAAACAACUGGAUAAAAUGGGAUACAAUAUCGGAGUGCGUCUGAUUGAGGACUUCUUGGCUCGGUCCAGUGUGGGGAGGUGUCACGAUUUCCGAGAAACGGCCGAUGUCAUUGCAAAGGUAGCUUUCAAGAUGUACUUGGGUAUCACCCCCAGCGUGACCAACUGGAGUCCUGCUGGAGACGAGUUCUCUCUUAUCCUCGAAAGCAACCCCCUGGUGGAUUUUGUAGAGCUUCCUGACAACCACAGUAAUCUAGUUUACUCCAGCCUGCUCUGUGGAGUGCUGAGGGGAGCUCUUGAAAUGGUUCAAAUGGCAGUGGAUGUGCGAUUCGCUCAGGACACAUUAAGAGGUGACAGUGUGACAGAAAUUCGCAUGAAGUUCAUCAAAAGGAUCGAGGAGAACCUGCCAGCUGGAGAUGAAUGAGACUGAGAGACUUUUGAUUCAAGAGACUUUUUUUAUGUUGGAUUGGAAACCAAAAACUUGUUUUGGUCAAGAAGACCAACCAAUCCCCAAACAUUGUAAGUAUUGCAAUGCAAAUUCACUGUCAAGAAGAUUUCUCUCGAUGUGUUGGGAUGGCAUGUUCUUUCCACCUGGUCCAUGUUUUUAUGUCAUACAAAUACCUUCUCAAGUCUCUUUUUGUAUGUCAGUUUGUCUCUAGUGUAUUUUUUGUUAUUCUUUUUGCAUUUAACUCAUAAACAUGGCACAGAAGGUUUAAUUUAUAUAGUCAAGUAUCAUAAUCAGAUUGAAUAAAUCAUUAACUACCAACAACUGUGGUCAGUCCCCUCAUUUAUCGUUCUUCUACUCAAUAGGCCUUUGACACAAACUAAUAUUUACUCAAAGUUGCAAUAAAGCGCUCAUUUGAGCAGACCGUAUCACACUGCUGUUUUAAUGUCCAUAACGCUUGUAUCAAAAACAACUUUAGAUGGCUAAUCUAAAACCAACAUUUGAAGAAAGGGCCCCAUGUUCGCCAAGAACAGAGACGUAGUCUUUUGAGAUGCACAUGUUUUGUAGAGAGCCAGUGGUGUUAAGGGGAGUUUAGGAGGGGUCAAGGUAUGUAAAUAAUGGGACCUGUGUGCACCAAGCCUGUGGCAGAUCCCUCCACACGUAUGUAAUGAAGUGUCACGGCAGCCCCCAUCGCCGUCUUCGACUUGUCGUGUACUUGCCCUUGCGUCGUGGGACUGUUAUUCCUACAGCGUGGCAGCACGAUGUGGUUAGAGUUAAACAACAAUAACAAGGGCCUAAUUUGUCUCAGAUGUUUGCUCAAGCAACGUGGAAGCAAUCAGGGCCUGGAGGGUCACUGGUGCGUGUGCAGGACAGGGCUGUUUUGGGAGCCAGUGCGUUUUAGUGGUGUAGCCGAGGGGUUCACGGUCAUGCUGACCAGUGGGAAGGGGAAGGCCUUUCGCUGAAAGCCAUUAAUUUCUCCAGAGCAGCUCAAAGUUCAUUCCUGACACCUGUUAAUCGACUUACGCCAUGAUCUGGGCUUCUUUUUCCAGAAUUCCACACCUCGUCAAUCACAAAUGAAAAGAAGUUCACUGCCUCUACUACUACUUCCCAGCAGCUAGUGUAUGGAUUCGGUUUUAUAAACUUUAGCCCUGUCAGAUGCAGUUUCCAUGUGAUUUGAUUCACACUGAUGUGUUGAAUAAUGCAUUCAUUGUGUAAGCGUAUUGUUUUGUUCCAUUGAGCCACUAGAGGUAGCUGUGAGCAUUGUGGUGGGUGACCUUUUUUCUUCUCUUUCCAUUCUCAUGGCUUUUUCUGUGUUUCUCUUUAAUUUGGUAUCUGAUUGCUCACCGGGUUCACCAACUGCUUGUUUUUGAAUCUCUGGGGCUGGGAAAUUAUUUUGUGGAAUAUAUUCUUUAUCCACUCGCUCUUGAUUCAGGGACAUUUACAAGACAGUGGAAAACGUAUGCGUAGCCCUGUCAGGCCGAAUCCCUCGUCCCCUCUCGCUAGAUUAUGCAUACAGUGUAUGUUUUCUGUACAAUGUGUAUAUUGGAAAGCGAGGGAAGAGGAAAUGGUUUCGCGCAGACAUUUGAUGUAAAUCAUUUGGCAGAAUUAGACCCCUGUAUCAUGGGGAUAUACAGCUGGGAUUGUGUAUUGCGUGAAAACUUGUAUCACUCUUCCAUAUGCUCUCAGGAAUUUCUCUCGCUCCUUCUUUCUCCCAUUUUAACAAUGCAGGAUAUCAUCUUGGCGAGGCAUCCGAAACAAAGUAAUGUGUCAGUAUUUAUUAACUAUCACGGUCACCUUUAACCGGUAUGAAGAUGACCUUCUCAUCAUCUUUCUUAUACUGUAUGUUUUCUUUUUCCUUUUGCUCAUCUGUAUGAGCUGCUCAUACCGGUGUGACCACCAUAUUAGGCCAGUACUGAAAUUCUUCAUGGAGAAGGCACAAAAGAAUUCCAGGAAGCUCUUUUCCACCAUAAGGAUUUGAUUUUUACAAGCUUUUUUUGUUGCAUGUCUAAAGGCAGGUCAAUGGCAGCAAAUGAAAGAAAUGACGCCUGUAACUUCAUGCAGUUUGUGUAAGUUCUGUUAUAUGCAUCAGUUUUUGAUUGGGUUUUUAGAUGUGGAUUUUGCACUUUAAAAAUGAAUGUGAGUUUUCAGUCGAGUGCGGGGGCGAUUGGUUUGAGCAGACUUAAUAAUUGGAGAAGUUCUGCAUACAUCACCAGAGAUCAGAGUCAUUUUCACAGAAUGUUCCAAUUUUGAUAUUCUGAUUAAACAUCACAAGGUCAAAACUUAAAAAAAAUUAAAUGUAUGCACGGAUGAAUUGUUCAGAAUAUCAAUCAUAAUAUGCAUUUAGAAAAUAGAUUAGAAAAAAAGUUUUUUUUAAUUUACUUUCAUGUGUUUUAAAACUGUAUGAUUAUUUGUUGUCCACAGAAUGCCAAAUUAAUGUCUAGCAGGAUGUCCAAGAUCCUGUUUUGCAUACAAUGAAAGUGAAUGGUGACCAAGACAGUCUGACAAGCAAGAUUUUCUGUAAAUAUCAUCUUAAUUUUCUUUUUUUCAUGCUGUGGAAGUCUUAUAAUGACAUGUAGUGCAUCUAUAGUGAAAUAUUGUUAAUAUGGACUACAUUUUUGGUGCACUUAUGCCCUUUAUUGUUUUUUCGCAGCUUGACAGUACUUGUUGCCAGUCCACUUUCAUUAUAUGGAAUAGUGCAGUGUGAACAUUUUUCAAAACAUCUCCUUUUGUGUUCCACAGAAGAGAGAAAGCCAUACAGGUUUGGAACAGCAUGAGUGUGAGGAGUAACUCAUGCCAGACUUUUUAUUUUGGGGUGUCUGUCCCUCUAAGAAUUUUAUUAGGACAGUUCUAGCAUACAAGUAGCAAAAGUUACGUAUGCUGGAAACGAGACGGUCCACACCAAUCUCAUUUAAACCCUCUAAAUGCAACCAUGUGCAACUAUAUCAGAAACAAAUGCUGAAUGGCACGCUGAAACAAUAAAAUCCUGCGGUUCGGCCUGCUGCUGGCUCACCAUUAUUGAAUCCCCCUCAUCCAUUCUUCCGUCUUUCUUUUCUUCUCACUUUCUUUCUCUGAUUCUUCCACUGUAUCCCCCACUUUCAAGCCUUGCCAGGACGAAAGGAUUGGCAGUGAGAUGAUGGGAGGUCAGAGGAGGGAAACAGAGCAGGGCAAGACCGAGUGCAUUUCAAAAACACACCUUGUGGGAAUAUCAACAUGCCCUGGAGUGCGGAGAACCGACCCAAUGCUGGAGAGCCAUCACAGCCCGUCGUAUGGUGUCCAAGUCUCCCACAGCUGUUCUGGAGCACAAAGGAGAUGACACACGAAUGGAUGAUCUUCCCUGGCUCGCAGGAACAGCAGCACGCACACUGUUUCCAGUAAAGGUCACGAGACAGUAAAUCAAAGGAUCCGAGAUGGAAAUGCAACAAACCCUCUUGUCUGAGGUAAUUCUAAGAUGUCAAGAAAAGAUGUAAUUAGAUCCUUGAGGAACGCCAUAUGUCAAAGACUUUUCCUAUUAGUCCUCAAACAUUUGUUUGUUUCUUAUUUACUCAAUUUAUAAAAUCCUCUGUUG